GUUUAAUUAAUUACAAGUAAUCAGGAAACAUCCAACCGCCAUGGGAAUUCUGGGCUUAUCCAAGCUCAUUGCCGACCUGGCGCCCCAGGCGAUUCGCGAAAGCGAGAUGAAAAACUUUUUCGGUCGCAAGGUGGCCAUCGAUGCCAGCAUGUGCCUGUACCAGUUCCUCAUUGCGGUGCGCUCCGAGGGCGCCCAGUUGGCCACCGUGAACGGGGAUCCCACGUCCCAUCUGAUGGGCAUGUUCUACCGCACCAUCCGAUUGCUGGACAACGGAAUCAAGCCCGUCUACGUUUUCGACGGCAAGCCGCCGGAUCUGAAGUCCGGUGAGCUGGCCAAGCGUGCCGAGCGGCGGGAGGAGGCGGAGAAGGCCCUGAAAGCGGCCACCGAUGCCGGAGAUGAUGCCGGGAUCGAGAAGUUCAAUCGUAGAUUGGUCCGCGUGACCAAGGAGCACGCCAAGGAGGCCAAGGAGCUGCUCUCGCUGAUGGGUGUGCCCUAUGUGGACGCUCCCUGCGAGGCGGAGGCCCAGUGCGCGGCUCUGGUCAAGGCGGGAAAGGUCUACGCGACCGCAACGGAGGAUAUGGAUGCCCUCACCUUCGGGUCCACGAAACUUCUGCGCUAUCUCACCUACAGCGAGGCCCGCAAGAUGCCCGUCAAGGAGUUCAGCUACGAGAAGCUCCUAGAAGGUCUCUCGAUCAACAGCCGGGAGUUCAUUGAUCUCUGCAUCCUGCUGGGCUGCGACUACUGCGAGAGCAUCAAGGGCAUCGGACCCAAGCGGGCCAUCGAGCUGAUCAACAACUACCGGGACAUUGAGACGAUUCUGGACAACCUGGACACCAGCAAGUACACGGUGCCCGAGAACUGGAACUACAAGGUGGCGAGGGAGCUGUUCAUCGAACCGGAGGUGGCCAAUGCCGAGGAAAUCGAUCUCAAGUGGGUGGAGCCGGAUGAGGAGGGCCUGGUGAAGUUCCUCUGCGGCGACCGGCAGUUCAGCGAGGAGCGCGUUCGCAACGGCGCCAAGAAGCUGAUGAAAUCCAAGCAGGCCCAGACGCAGGUGCGACUCGAUAGCUUCUUCAAGACCCUGCCCAGCACACCGAACGCCACGAAUGCCGCCAAACGGAAGGCCGAGGAGGCCAAGAAGAGCGCCAACAACAAGAAGGCCAAGACCAGCGGAGGCGGCGGCGGGCGUGGCAGGCGACCCAAGUAGAAGAUCCAGUGGAAGAUCUGAAAAAUCGUACAAUUCUUUAAUCUUAAUCUUAAACGUAUUUAAAGCCUAUGCAUAUAAUAAAAUCUACAUCUUUGAGCUUAA